AUGUUUCCUUUAAGGCAAAUUGUGUCAAAUGUUAGAAGAGUAGUGCCCGGUUUUAGAGCUAUGUCGAGCUCUGGGCCACUUACUGGACUAGAAGUAGAUAAUGAGGGUAUAGCAACUCUUACAAUGCAGAGACCACCAGUAAACAGCCUUAAUCUAGAACUGUUACAAAAUUUAAGCAAAGCAUUUGAUGAAGUAUCAAAAAAUAAAUGCAAAGCUCUAAUUUUAACCUCGAAUUCCCCUACAGUGUUCUCAGCUGGCCUAGACAUAAUGGAGAUGUAUAAACCGGACAUAAAAAGAGCCGAAACAUUUUGGACAACUCUACAAGAAGUUUGGAUCAAACUUUUUGGCUCCACUUUCAUCACAGCUGCUGCAAUUAAUGGUCAUGCUCCAGCUGGAGGCUGUCUAUUGGCUAUGUCAUGUGAAUAUAGAGCAAUGGUGGGCGGCAAAUAUAAAAUUGGUCUUAAUGAGACAGCCCUGGGUAUCGUCGCACCAAAGUGGUUCAUGGACACUAUGACCAACACUAUAUCCCAGAGAGAAGCUGAAUUAGCUCUCACGACUGCGAGAAUGUUUAGUGUUGAUGAAGCUUUGAAGGUGGGUCUUAUCGAUGAAGUAGCAACAGACAAGGCAGAUUCAAUUGCGAAGUGCAAGGACUUCAUCGAGAAGUUCGACACGAUCCCACCUCUAGCCCGAGCCAUUACUAAACAGAGGAUUAGGGAACAACCUUUGGCAUGGAUGAAGAAAAACCGCACACAAGAUACGCAAGAAUUCUUAAAUUACCUUCAAAAUCCCAAAGUUCAACAGGCACUAGAAAUGUAUAUUCAGAUCCUGAAAAUGAAAGCAGCUAAGUAA